ACCUUAUUGCAAAAACAUCUAUCAUCAUCACCUCAAGGUAACGUUGCGAAAAGCAAAUUAUUCAGUUUCAAGAAUUUAGAGAAGGCCACUGACCAUUUCAACGAGAAUAGGAUACUCGGCCAAGGUGGACAAGGCGUUGUUUUACAAGGGAAUGCUGACCGAUGGAAAAAUAGUUACGGUUAAGAAAUCAAAACUAAUAGACAAGGAAAAGGUUGAAGAGUUCAUCAAUGAGGUCAUCAUUCUCUCGCAAGUUGAUCAUAGGAAUGUGGUUAAGCUAAUGGGCUAUUGCGUGGAAACAGAUAUCCCACUUUUAGUAUAUGAGUUCAUACCAAAUCGGACUCUGUACAAGUAUCUACAUGACCUGAAUGAAGAUCUUCUCAUGUCAUGGGACACACGCCUACGAAUUGCAACCGAAAUCGUUGGAGACUUAUUUUACUUGCAUUCAGCAGCUUCUAUACCCAUCUAUCAUCGUGACAUCAAGUCCACCAACAUCCUUUUGGACGAGAAAUAUCAUGCUAAAGUUGCAGAUUUCGGUACACCCAAGUUCGUAUCCCUCGACCAAACUCAUGUAACCACAUUGGUGCGAGGGACUUUUGGAUACUUGGAUCCGGAGUACUUCAAAACAAGUCAUUUCACAGAUAAAAGUGAUGUGUACAGUUUUGGAGUGGUCCUCACUGAACUCUUAACAGGGCAAAUACCGAUCUCUUGGCUUAGGGAAGAAGAAGAAAAGGGCCUCGCAGCCUAUUUUGUAAUUUCAAUGGAGCGAAAAUGUUUGUUCGAUAUUAUUGACACUCGGGUCAUGGAGGAAGGCAAGAAAGAAGAGAUUGCAGCCGUUGCUAACCUCACAAGAAGGUGCUUGAGCUUGAUUGGGAGGAACCGGCCUACAAUGAAAGAAGUGGUAAUGGAGUUGGAGGGAAUCAAGAAGCUCCAAAGCUCUUCGAGCUUCCAACAAAAUCAAGAAAAGAUGGAGGCCGCUAAAUCUCGUGUCUCUCGUUUCACAUCUAGCAAAUCUUUUGUGGACACAGAUGCAACUACAUUUUCAGAUGUGCAGCCAUUCGCACAUUGUGAAUCAUGGUGAAGAUAGUAAUUUCUACCAUCAUUUCCACAACAAUUUCUAGCUAUACGUGCAGAGGCGAAUGACUUGAUUAUUCAAGUUGCAUCAAAAUUGGUCU